UAAAGUCGAUCAAACAGCCGUUUCCCGAAUGAAUAAAUGUCUUCUCUAUAAGAGAGCGGUGCUACCGCGGCUUUCAUGGUUACUGAGCAUUGCAUCUAUUCCUUUGUCAUGGAUCGAGCAAUCAUUGGACAGUGUAGUCACGAAAUUCUUAAAAAAAUGGGUCGGUCUUGCUCAUUCAGCAGCUGUCUCUCGCCUUUUCCUUAACACCAAGAACGGCGGCCUCCAACUUGGCCAACCGUCAGAUUCUUUCAAGAGACUACAGUCUUGCAACCUGCUUCGAUUUACUAAAUCAAAUGACGAAUGCUUGAGAGCCCUGGCAACUAUAAAGAUUUCAAGAGAGACUGAGUUGUCAUCAACCAGAUUUAGUGCCGGCAGUUUCUUGGCAACUCUUGAUACUUCGCCUGGGUGCCUGCAAUCAAAAAUAAAGAACAUCAAAAAGACGAUUACGGAAUCAUCAAAUAAUCGUCAUUUGUCACAUCUUACCUCCCUGUCUGUACAAGGUCAAGCGGCUCGAUUCAAGGACGUGGAAGCUGAGCACUUUGCCUUGUCCCUAAAAUCUCUACCCGAUGACUUGUUCAAAUGGGCAAUAAAUGGGCUCCAGGACACCCUCCCAUCAGCAACCAACUUACAGUUGUGGAAGAAAAUUUCGUGCAAUCAAUGUCCUCUCUGUCACCAACCCCAAUCGCUGUGCCACGUGCUAAAUGCAUGUCCCAGUCUACUUGAUCGAGGUUUGUACAAACAGAGACACGACAAUACGCUGAGACUAUUUGUGGACUUUCUAAAACGUCAUCUUAGUCAACAGUUUUCCAUAGUAGCCGACCUACCAGAAUCAGUAUACAAUUUUCCUGUCGAUAUAACCUGUACCUGCCUUCGUCCAGACAUUGUUGUUUGGAAUGCCGUCCUCAAAAAGGCCUGGAUGCUUGAGCUGUCGGUCCCAUUCGAAACAGUCGUGGAAGAAACGAAGGCCCGGAAAGAACGCCGCUAUGCCCAACUUGUCAAAGAUGCUAACCAUCAGUAUAAGACGGAGCUUUUGCAUCUCUUGGUUGGGUCGAGAGGAUUGAUUUUUCCUGAAACUCGACGAGCAGUCUGCAUGUUGUGCAAGCCUCUUCAACGCGACUUGGACGAUCUGUUUCAAGCUGUCAUUCAUUCCACCCUGAAAGACUCUUUUCGAUGCUGGUUGGCAAGAAGAGACAACAUCUCUUAACUUAAAAGUGUUUUUUUGUUGUUGUAAUUUCUGCUUUUAAUCAUUUGUGAUGUAUAGUCUUCGACUGGACCUCUACAUAGCACUCCAGAACUCUACUUCUGUUAUAGUGCUACCAGUCCUGUAGACGCUUAUUGUACUGUAUCGUUCGGUAUAUUACAAUAAAGGACCUUCCAUAGAUAGAUAGA